CUCCGGACGGAUCGUGCCCCACUAGUCGUCAGCAACAACUCAAACGGUGAACACACAAAAUAACGAAACGCUAACAUUUUUAUUUCGCUCAAUCUGUAAUCAAGCGAUAUAGACACAAAGACUUUGUGAUAUUUUUUUUUCGAAUUUCAACCAAGAAGAAAGCUUUUAUAACGAAACUGCAUUAUAAAAAAUCGUCGUUAAUUUUAAGGUUUGGCGCACAAAGGAGGCGGACGUCGUGAACAGGAAGUGCUUGUGCUCAUCGCAGCAACCGGAGAAAGAAUCGUAUUUUGGUUGAAAAUCCAGAUUCAAGUAAUUCAAGUGAGGUGCGCGACAUACGCCUACUAUAUACCACACUAGAGGGUAUAGAUUGGGGUGUAAAGCCCGAAUUUUCGCGGGGCUCCAAAAGUGCGUUGAAGAGCGAAGAAGAAUCAGUGGUGUUUGACGCGACACAUCGGACCACUUUUAUUUUUGGCCUCGGCGCGGUCGUGUGACUCGAUUCGGAGCAGCCAUGCCACCUUCACGCCUAGACGGGCUGUAUCGAUCGCUGCUGUUGACCAAAUUCUUCUGCAAAGGAUGGGGCAAACCGGAAAAUCUCGAGCGACUAUUCGCCUUCCGGAAGAUCAUCUCUAACCGGGCGGCCUGCUCCAAGCUCGUGCCCCAGGACUACCCGAUCGAGAUCACCAAAGAGGAGGUGGCCUCCGACUGCAAGAUCAUCGAGGGCAAGUUCAUAACCCCGCUGGAGAUCUACCUGCCGGGGCUGGUGCCGGAUGUCGUCCAGAAUGCACACUUCCAGGUGCUGCUCCCGCUCAAGUGGAACGACGAACGGUUCAAGCCGAUGUGCAUCCACCUGGCCGGAACGGGCGAUCACUACUUCUGGAAGCGACGGAAUCUGAUCGCCAAACCACUGCUGAAGGAAGCUAACCUCGGUGCCAUCAUCUUGGAGAACCCAUUCUACGGUGCACGGAAGCCCAAGGACCAGAGAGCCUCCAGCUUGCACAACGUGUCGGAUAUCUUCGUUAUGGGCGGUUGCUUGGUUCUGGAAUCGCUCGUUCUGCUCAACUGGUGUGAACGGAACGGAUAUGGUCCUCUCGGCAUUACCGGUCUAUCAAUGGGUGGUCACAUGGCUUCCCUAGCGGCUACCAAUUGGCCCAAACCAUUGGUGCUGGUUCCUUGUUUGAGCUGGUCCACGGCUUCUUCCGUAUUCACCGAAGGCGUCAUGAGUCACUCGAUCAACUGGGACGUUCUGGAGACGCAGUACUUCUCCGAUGGAAAUUACCGCGAGCGGCUCUCCAAAAUGGUUACCGUCGUGGAUGACGCUUUCGUAGCCGGUCAGAGCUUCAUCAAGAACUUCAACCAAUCCGUCGAGGAGCUCAAGCAGGACAUCUGCCAAACGGACGAUCUGAUCAACGAUGAUCCUAAGCCCGACGUCAAUCUGACCGUAAUCCGUGAAACCACGCCGGAACGAGAACAGAAGCGGAUCCACAUCAACCGACGGAAUGUCCUCAAUCUUUCGGAACCGCUUUUGAACAAAUUGCUCUCGGACGUCAAGUGCGAACUGAAUCAAGCGGAAAUCGACGAGCUUAAUCUCAAAAUCCAGCUGGCACUCAAAAACUACAAGGAGGAGAACAAGACUGACAGCGACAAGCUGAUUCUGGAAGUCAAGGCCGAGGAACCGCAGGAAGCUCUUCCCUCGAAAUCGCUGGGAGCCAAAAUCAUAGAGUUCAUCAGCUGGAGCAGUUCUAGCAAUGCAAAUGCGACUGCGAACUCCACAGAAGUGGUUCCCCCAUCGCCCUCAUCUGAGGUCGCUCCGUUGGAGAAACGGCAACCGAUCGACACCACCAAAACCCGCUGGUGGGAACGGGAAGCGCUGCAGUUUAUGCGCGGCAUGAUGGACGAGUGCACUCAUCUGAAGAAUUUCUCCGUCCCAUACGACACCUCGCUGAUCAUUGCCGUUUGCGCCAAGGACGACGCGUACAUUCCACGGGACGGCUGCGCCAGCUUGGAGGAGAUUUGGCCCGGAGCGGAAGUUCGCUAUCUGGAUGCCGGACACGUGAGUGCCUACGUGCUCCACCAGAAGCUGUUCCGGUCGUGCAUUGUGGAAGCAUUCGAACGGGCGCGCAAAAAGUUGAUCCCGGAAGAGGAGCCCAUCCAAGACGUCUCCACGACCACAAACCUCGAACCCAAUAAAUAAGAAGGUGCUAUAAUUGACAAUGGAAACCGGAAGUCGUCCGACUUACGGGGAAAGGCUGUGACCAUUAAGAGGGAUUAUACCAAAAUCAAACGAGAAAAAAAUCGAAAAAUAUAAAAUCCAUUCCGGACUAGGCGCAACCCAGCCUAUUAGUGGACCGGGAAGACGGCACUUCCGGUCGCAAGCACAAGCAGAUUCCGGAACAAAUGGAAUGCAAAUAAACACUGUCGAAAGCAGGCAAAUAACGCAGAAAGACUAAAACUAAGGAACGGUUGUAUAGUAGUUAGAAACGAUGCGCUUCGAGGCAUUGUGGGAACUUCCGGCCAAGACCCCGGAAGCCGAGAAGGGAUAUGUGGAAUCGAAGCGUUCGCAGUAUUUUUUCGAGUCAAUGUCGAUACCAGAGAAAUUUAUUAUGAAUAACAGUUAGAUAACCUAUUCACGUUACGCGUAUUUUUAGAAACCAAUCAGUUCAAAACGCUUUGUAAACUCACAUUUUAUGCUGGAAAUAAAAUAACGUAUGCUUUUAGGUAGCGCUAGUGCUACUGAAAAAUUCAA